AUGACGAUAGCGAAGCCUUUCAGCGGGGCAGCGAAUUCAGUUACGGCGGCGAAGAUAGUGAUGAUAACGGGAGUGAGCAAAGGUCUGGGAAGAGCCUUAUCUCUGGAGCUGGCGAAGAGAGGCCACACUGUGAUUGGAUGCGCCCGCACUCAGGAGAAGCUCACCGCUCUUCAAUCGGAGCUCUCCUUCCCGGAAAAUCAUCUCCUCCUCACCGCCGAUGUGAAAUCAGAUAGCAGUGUCAAAGAGAUGGCACACACAAUUAUGGAGAAGAAGGGUGUCCCAGACAUCAUAGUUAACAAUGCCGGUACUAUCAAUAAGAACAGCAAGAUUUGGGAAGUCUCCGCAGAAGAUUUUGACAGUGUUAUGGAUACAAACGUUAAAGGAGUAGUAAAUGUACUGCGCCAUUUCAUCCCUUUGAUGCUCCCACGGAAGCAAGGGAUUAUUGUUAACAUGUCUUCUGGAUGGGGACGAUCUGGUGCUGCCCUGGUUGCACCUUACUGUGCAUCGAAAUGGGCCAUCGAGGGUUUAAGCCGAUCUGUGGCAAAGGAGGUAGCUGAAGGGAUGGCAGUGGUUGCAUUAAAUCCAGGAGUGAUCAACACAGAAUUGCUCACUUCCUGCUUUGGCAACACAGCUUCAUUGUAUCAAGCUCCUGAUGCUUGGUAA